GGCGGGGGGAGGUGGUGGCAGCGGCGGGAGUCGCCGCGCUGAGGCGGGAGCGGAGUCGACGCCCACCCGGCUCUACAGAUACAAACAGAAAAAACAAGUCAUGAUGUGCCUUACCUUUCGCCUGGAAAGGUGAAUAUCUCUUUCAGAUAGAGAUGGCUGACAAAGCUGGAAAGAUCCUCCCAGGACCACUGUACAUUGAAGUGGAGUAUGAUUAUGAGUAUGAGGCAAAGGAUAAAAAGAUUGUGAUAAAACAAGGGGAGAGAUACAUCUUAGUGAAAAAGACUAAUGAUGAUUGGUGGCAAGUCAAAAGGGAUGAAAAUUCUAAGCCCUUCUAUGUGCCAGCACAGUAUGUGAAAGAAGUAACACGAAAAGCACUAAUGCCACCUGUUAAACAAUCAGGUGGUCUGCCAAAUAGCUCUUUGAAACUGAUGCAUAGUUUACAGAGGUCGACAGAAAAUGUGAACAAAUCGCCAGAGCUUUCUAGUUUUGGAAAAUCCUCUCCAGUGUCUGGCCUAGUUCGUGAUGCCAAUCAGAAUCUGGGACCAAAUAGUAGCCCAGGUCAAAAUCUUGGCCUGAGCCUGGACCUUGCCCAAAAUAAUGGAAAACUUAACAGUGAGUUGCAGUCCCCCAAGGUUUCCAGCCAGUACAAGUCUCUCUCUCUGGGCCAUUUCACUUGUCCAGAGUUAAUGGAAAUCGAGAAGACCAGCUUCUCACAUGAACAGUCCUGUGAUUCAGCAGGGGAAAGCUCAGAAAAAGUCCAUCAGGAUUCAGAGUCUGGAGAUGAACUCAGUAGCAGCUCCACUGAACAAGUGCAGCCAACUACUCCACCAAGCCAAGGCAGGCCGGAUUCACCAGUUUAUGCUAAUUUACAAGAACUGAAAAUAUCUCAGUCUGCACUUCCACCUUUACCUACAAGUUCCCCAAUUCAGAUUAAUGGAGAAUGGGAAACCCAUAAAGAUACUACAGGACGUUGUUUCUACUACAACAGAGGAACACAAGAAAGAACCUGGAAACCUCCUCGUUGGACCCGGGAUGCAAGCAUAAACAAAGGGGAUUCCCACAGCCAAGCUGAUCAGGAGCUGCUUUCAUCUGAAGAAAACGACCACAGUUCUUGUUACAGCCAGUCAGAUAGUCAGUAUGGUUCUCCUCCAAAAGGUUGGUCAGAAGAAUUGGAUGAACAUGGUCAAACCUUAUAUACCAAUGACUAUACUAAUGAAAAGUGGAUAAAACAUGUAGAUGAACAAGGUAGACCAUAUUACUACAGUGCUGAUGGAUCACGAUCAGAAUGGGAACUUCCAAAGUAUAAUGCUUCACCACAGCAGCAAAGAGAAAUAAUUAAGAGUAGGAGUCUGGACAGGAAGCUACAAGAACCAAUAGUUUUAACAAAGUGGAGGCACAGCACGAUUGUGUUGGACACCAAUGACAAGGACUAUCCAGCUGCUUCAAAGCCCAACUGUCCGGAAAAUGAGUCCUCUCCUUCCUCGCCAAAGCACCAAGCCACAGGUCAAGAGAAGUAUGGAUUAUUAAACGUAACAAAAAUUACAGAAAAUGGGAAAAAAGUCCGAAAGAACUGGAUGUCUUCCUGGGCAGUAUUACAAGGUUCAUCGUUAUUGUUUACUAAAACCCAAGGAACUGGAACUAGUUGGUCAUUUUGCCAGUGGGGCUUAAUUCCUGAGCUCCUGCUCUCGCUGUUUUCUUCUUGGAAAAAUGCUCUCAGUGGUCGGCCUGCUGUCACCUAUGUAAACUGUGAUCCUGUUUCAGCUAUCACUAAGUUUGGGGUCAAUCAAUCUAAGCCAGAAUUCACAGUGGAUCUCAGAGGGGCAGUUAUUGACUGGGCAUCAAAGGACAAAUCCAGCAAAAAGAACGUUAUUGAGCUGAAAACCCGGCAAGGAACUGAACUCUUAAUUCAAUCUGAUAAUGACGUUUUUAUUAAUGAGUGGUUUAAAGUUCUUAGUUAUACUAUCAGUAAUCAGACAGUGGAGUCUGAUGAAGCAUUCGAAGAUGAUGUACCGGAUUCCCCAGGGGUGGAAAAACAAGACAAAGAGAAGGACCAUAAGGACUCCAAGAAACUUCGUUCAAUGAAAAUAUCUAGCAGUAUAGAUUCUUCAGAACAGAAGAAGACAAAAACAAAGCUGAAGAAAUUUCUUACACGACGCCCUACAUUACAAGCUGUUCGAGAAAAAGGCUACAUUAAGGAUCAAGUGUUCGGUUCCAGUCUCACCAGCUUAUGUCAGAGAGAAAACAGCUCAGUGCCAAAGUUCGUGAAGCUGUGCAUUGAACACGUUGAAGAACAUGGAUUGGAUGUUGACGGGUUAUACCGAGUCAGUGGCAAUCUUGCAGUGAUACAAAAGCUAAGAUUUGCAGUUAAUCAUGAUGAAAAAUUGGACUUGAAUGACAGUAAAUGGGAAGAUAUACAUGUCAUCACAGGAGCUCUAAAAAUGUUUUUCAGAGAACUGCCAGAACCACUCUUCACAUAUAAUCAUUUCAAUGACUUUGUCAAUGCAAUUAAACAAGAACCAAGACAGCGUGUUCAUGCUGUCAAAGAUUUAAUUAAACAGUUGCCAAAGCCAAAUCAGGAUACCAUGCAGAUACUUUUUAGACACCUCAAGAGAGUUGUAGAAAAUGGAGAAAAGAACCGAAUGACUUAUCAAAGUGUUGCAAUAGUUUUUGGACCAACUCUGUUAAAGCCAGAAAAAGAGACUGGUAACAUAGCAGUCCACACUGUUUAUCAGAAUCAGAUUGUAGAAUUAAUUCUGCUGGAACUGAACUCCAUCUUUGGAUGUUGAAGUUUUCUUAGAGUUAAAACUGAAGAUAUGAGUUGGCAACAGCUUUCCAUCAGAAGUUAAAUCUCUCUGUGUACAUGAUGUAUUGUGUUUGUGGACCAAGCGACAGCUCAAUUUUGCACUUUUCAGUAAGAUGGGAGGGAAGAAAUGGGAGGAGUGUUUGACCGAUUAUAAUUCACUUAUUACAUUGUGAAUAUUUCAAAGUUUGUACUCUGUCUGUUUUAAUAAUACAAAUUGCAAUUCUAGUAUGGGCAUAUACACUGGAUUUCUUGGUGAGAAGCUAAAAUUAAUCUCAGACUGGAUAAUCUGGAAUGGAUUUUUUUUAAAGGUUCAUCCCUUGGUAGGGUGAGGAAAACCCGAUCAACUGGCUUCAAACAUGUUUUUUCAUACUUUUAGUGACAAUAAAAUUUCAUCCUAUGCUUAUGUACUGAAAUCUGUGUGGAUCCUGUCAGCAGGGAUUCUGCAUGUAGUGUGACUGUCUUUAAACUAGUGCUAACAGUGGCCAGUGUGGUUUACAGUAAUUCAAAUAAUCCCUCAUUUGAGGCUUUUUUUUUUUUUUUUUAACUGUAUUAUAUAGCAUCCUUGCUGGAUCUUCUGGUUGCUUGAUAGAGCAGGAUCCUAUUUUUUCAAACACUGAACUUGUAAGAAUAUCCAGCAGAGGAUUUGUUCUGUGACAUACUAGAGUUUUAUUUAAUACACACAUCCAUUUUUCAGGGUAUUUCUUGGCUACGUUUUGUGCUAUACUGAAUUGCAGUUAACCAUUCUAAUUAAAUACCAUCAUUAUCUAAUGCUGUACUGAGUUCUUGGUAUGAUCCUGUGGUAGUGAACAUUUUUGGAUGUAAAUACAAGCUAAAGACUGAAUGAUCUUUGGCUUAUGUACAUAAUUCAGUUGUUGUAUAGUCUCAAAGUACCUUCUAGUUGCACAUUUCUAAUCAUGGGUAGAUUAGCUACAGGUAGUGUAACACUUCCAGUGGAGGUCUAGGUUUCCUCAGAUAAACAGGUUACUCGAAAAACUAAACAUGUGCACUUUUAGAUGUUAAUUACAUUUGCAGGCAAAUAAUUGUAAUGCAAAUGGUACUGGAAAAAUACUGUGUGCUUGCUAAAUUGUUAAUGCACUACAAGAGGAGCCUUUUAGGUUAUUUAAUAUGUACAGGAUACAUUAGAGAAAUGUAUUACAGAUUCUAACAUUUGCAAAUAAUGGAAAUGUUCCAAUAGAUGUUUGUUGGAAAUAAUGACAUAAUACUAAAUUUGAGAAUUUCUUUUUACAUUAAUAAUGUAGAUUAAUUUGUAAAAUAAAUUUGGUUUUGGAAGAUUUUUGUUAUAGGGAGCAUGGUCUACUGAAGAUUUUUAAAUGUAUUUUUUUAGACUAACUGCUGUACCUAAUAUUUGUUAUGUCUAAUCUGAAUAAAGAAAACUAUUAGCUAGUUUGGAGUUUGCCAGUCCAAAUUUGGAUGACGUAGUCCCCUGUUGAAUUUGCAAACACUCCCAAAUAUUCAGUUGUGUCUGACUGUCUGAAAUGAUAUUUCCUGCAGCAGAGAUUGUGCUGUGGUUAAAAAUGGAGUGUCUAACAGAAACUUUUAAGAAUCCCCCUUUUCCCUGAACAGUAGUUGGAUUGUAUGAUGAAGAUGGGUAAUGUAUAGGUUUAAAUUUGCAAAUAUUUAUAAAUAUUCCACACAAGUAUUUUUGUCCUAAUGUUUGAUAUGUUCCACACACAAACCACCUGCCCACAAAAGGAAGACAGACAAGUGGUGAAAUUAUCCCAUUUGACCUUUGAUCUCUUUUAUAUGUUCAAGGUGAGAAUUCCAGCAGCAGAAAGCUUGCUUGAAAAAGUCUUUGUAGAUAAAAGAAGGAACGACUAAUCUUGUGGUUUUCUCACUUUAUUUUUAUUGUGGUAGUGGUGAAGUCUUGCGGUUUGUUGCAAAACAACUUGGGUGAGAAUCGUGAUAUCUAUAAAUCAGUGUUGCAUUUGCAACCUCCUGUUGAGAUUUAAAAGUAUAAUUUCUUUUUUGAUACUUGUUUUCAGACACAUCAUUCUAGUAGGAAAUAUAAAUGAAGUUGAAAUUAGUUUGAUUUUUUUUUUAAAUUGAGAUUUGAAUAAACUAUUUCCUCUGAAUAGCAUUGUUUAAUUACAGAUCAUGUUGUUGAAGUAUUGCUGUAAUCAAAGUAAGAAAAUACCUGUUUUGAAUAUCCUCUUUUAACAAUGAGGAAUGUAACUUUCCAUUAUAUUCCCAGAGAAUUAAGUAUUGGUUACUACAUAAUACUAUAUAUAAUACAGUAUAACUUUUGUGCAGCAAGUGAUAUGAAAGCUUUAAGUUGCUAAUUUUUAGUUUGAGGAGAUGGAAAUACUUCCCAAAAAAUCCAGAUAAUGUGGCAAGAGUUAAACACAUACUGCAAUCAACAGAAAAAUAACUGAUCUACGUGAGGAUAAAGGACAAGCACACCAGCUAGAAAUUUUGUACAUUAGAACCAUGGCAGUUUGUUUACAUAUUUAAUAUCUCUUGCUUCCUUUUCAAAUCCUAGUGAUAGAAAUAAGCUUGUAGCAAAUGGUGUCUUCCAUGUCUAGCAUUUAUCACUUGCCUUGCUGCUUCCUGAAAUUGGCAUACCUUUAAGUUUAAGGGCUUUAUUUUUACAUUCACUAUUUCAAAGUCAGUAUGAAACAGAACACAAACUGAGGAAAGCUGAGCAGCAGAAAAGGAAACGGUAACUAUUUACAUUUUAUAAAAGUUUUAUCUUUAUAAAAUAGGAAUAAAAAUGCAUAAAGAAAAGUGAAUAGUCAUAAAAGUGAGAAUAUAAACUUGGUUUUUUUAUUAAAACUGGAGACAUUAGUAUACCAGACUUACAGCCUGUAUCCCCACUGUGGCUAUGUAUUGGUGUCAACUUGUUUUACAAACUCGAGUUUUGUCCCAUGGGCAAUAGCUGCAUGCCUCAUGGAGGUGCUGUAUAUAGUAUUAGUAAAGAGUGACAUUUGGAAUAGCUCGACCUUGGUAGUGAGGAAAGUUUGCAGUAGUUACUAUGGAUCAAUGAAGAGAGCUGGGCACAGAUAAAGACUACUUUAAUAAAUGUAUCCAACCUUGUAAAUAAAAUAGUUUUCAAAUUGA